AUGCUAAAACAGUUCAUAAAGCAAUGGAAGCGCGCAGCCCUCCUCUCUCCCUCACAAUACUCGUCUAAUUCCGGUUCAAGCCGUCACAUUCCCUCCGGUUUCCUGGCGGUCUACGUUGGACAAAACCGCAUGAGAUUCUUGAUCCCAGUCCGAUUUCUGCACCUUCCAAUCUUUAUAGCCCUUCUUGAAAAAGCAGAAGAAGAAUAUGGUUUCAAGUUCAGCGGAGGCAUUGUUUUGCCUUGUGAGGUAGACUUGUUCAAGCAAGUGUUGAGGUUCCUUGAUAAAGAUGAGAAGAAGUACGGGCGUUUACGGGUGAAUGAGUUCUUGAAGUUGAUUUCUGAUUCUUCUUCAUGCAAAGAGGAGGAAGGUAAUUUUUCUCACUGUCAUCAUGGCCUCAUACCUCUCAUGCAGAAAGCAGCUAGGGUUUGA